AUACACACGGAGAAUAACCAAUGAGCAGGAGUAAAGGGCAUAAUAAAGAAAUCCUGAAAUUAUUGAAAACACCAGGAAAUCAAAAUUUCACUAUGAAACACCAUAUUUUCCCCUCAGAAGGUAAGACAUCUUUUGCUCUGAAGAAGUCCUUUCGAGGUUGCUUAAAAUUAUUCCGGAAAUAUUAGAGUCUUAGAACUACCUCCAGCAAAAAGCCAAUUUCAGGAUAUUUUCAUAAAUUUAUUUCACUCAAAAACUUAGUUUCUCCAUCGCUGGUAGUUGAAAAUCCAGAAACCUCAUGAAAAUUUAGGGGCCCAGAGCAGGAUUCAAAUACAGACAAGGCAGAAGACGAACUCUAACGUAACUUUAAGGAUCAAUCAGCUUAGAUGAACAAGAGUGAUGACUGAAAUAUGCAUCCAAAUAUUGCUAGAAUGGGACUUUACCACCGAUCGAGGUAUAAAUUCCCUUCUCUAUUAUUCUUAGCAUGAAAAAUAAAAUGAAAACCUGCACUAGCAAAAGUUUCAGUACUGUAGCUGGGUCAAGAAACAAUCAUUUAGUCAAGACUCUUCAAAAAUCAGGAGAGAAGAUCAAGAUUCAGAAGGAAAAACAGUUUUUGAAGAAUUUUGAAGGAAAGCUUGAGCUCGGUAGCCCAGAUCAAGAUUAUCGAUCGGAGAACCCUAUUCAGGACCGUCGAGCUACAAAAUAGCCAAAACAGAAGCAGUGUGCUGUCUAAGUGUAAAGACUAUCAUUAUGCUAAGCAGGAAGAGAAGCAAGAGCCAGAUUUUACCCGAGAUGCCCAAUUUCUUAACACUCCUUGGGUUCUGGAAAACUAUGAGCAGCAGAAAAAUUCCCCAAAUGAGUUUAGAGGAAGUCAAAAGUUGAUUGAGACCACCCAACCUUCGAAAUAUGUCCAGAACAGAUUCUUAUGUAGAACUUCGAUGUCCCAUUUAGCUAAGAGAUUUUUGGGUAAAUAAGCUUGCCAUCGAGAAAGAGCUCAAUGCUAAAAUGCCUAAACUUCCUAAACAAAUAAGGAAGAGAAAGAGAGGGAAAUCUCAAAGUUUUGAGAAAAAUAAUACCAGUUUCUCUCCUCAGAAAUUCAAGCAUAAAGUGAACUAUCAGCUUUUUAAGAACUUUCAAGGGAGAGAUGAUAAGGCUAAAGAGCUCCAGAAACAAGUCAACUCUAUCAUUCGGAGGAAAGUGCAGUCUAAAUCAAAGAUUUCGCAUUUGACUCUUAAGAUGGAAAAUUUAAACAAGAAUAUAUAUCACGACAAGAUUCAAAUUACAAAUGCAGUUGUAAAACAUCAUCAAAGGGUAAACCAAAAAUAGAAUAACUAUGAUAGAACUCUUGGGAGAGACUUCAUGAUAUCAAACUUUGAUCCCAAUAUGGUCCCUCACAGUAAAAUAUUGCUGAGAUUUAUAGAAUCUGAGAUACCAGCGCAUUCGUUCGAAAGGCAAACAAGUCAUAGCAUUGAUCAGCUACUCAAGCAGAACAAGGACAGAAUAGCUAAUGAACUCCGUAUAAAACUUCUAAAGAAUCAGAUCUACAAUCUCAGACUUGACAAAGGGAUGUCAAUAAACAGAGCGAUCCAUAAAAGUAUGCAGUUAAGUAAUAUCAUAGUGGUAAACUCCCUGAUUCAGCUGUAGAUAAAGCCUAACUCUGGGAACCUGUUCUCCAGCAAUAAAGCAAACAGGGCCAAUAUACAUAAAGUGUCAAGUUAUGACAACAUUUGCAAGCCAAGAGAAUACAAAAAGACUAAAUCUACUGAAAUCAGACUUGCUAGAGAUCUAUAAUUAUUUGAAGCCAAAAAUGAGGAUUAAACAGUGAAGAAAUGUUAUAAAUAUUAAUAAUUUGCGUUCAAAAUAGAC